CAGACGUUUUAGUCCAAACUCCAAAGAGAACCUUAAAAUUGCUUUGAUGGGAAGCGUCAGGGGACUAACGGGAGGCUGGGGCAUGGCUACAAAGAUAUGUGAUAUAUGUAAAUCGACCGCGGCCGCUAUUUUUUGCCGUGUCGAUUCGGCUUUUAUGUGCCUGAAUUGUGAUUCCAGGGUCCAUUCUGGUACCAACAAGCUCGGCUCUGCUGCUCGGCAUGAGCGGGUGUGGAUGUGCGAGGUGUGCGAGCAGGCGCCUGCUGCUGUUACUUGCAAGGCCGAUGCUGCUGCCCUUUGUGUUACUUGUGAUGCCGAUAUCCACUCCGCUAAUCCCCUGGCUCGUCGUCAUGAGCGUGUCCCUGUCGAGCCUUUCUUCGACUCGGCGGAUGCCAUCGUCAAAUCUUCCCCUUUUAGCUUUCUCGUCCCGACCACCACGGAUCACGAUUGCUGCCAACAAGAUGAUGUAGAAGCGGCGGGUUCGUGGUUGUUGCCGAACCCGAACCUCAAUCCGAAACAGGCAGUGGAAACUAACGAAGUCAAAGCUGGUGGUGAUUUGUUCUUCUGCGAAAUGGAUCCUUUCUUCGAUUUCGAGUACCAGAACAUGUUCCAAGUCCAACAUGAUCAUCAGAACGCAGCUAUGGAUAGCGUUGUCCCGGUUCAGACCAAGCCAGUCAUCAACAAUGAAAAUUGUUUCGAAAUCGAAUUUUGUCGGUCCAAGCCUCCUACUUUCAGCUUCCAAACUCCGUCUCUCAGCCAUAGCGUUUCAUCAUCUUCACUGGAUGUAGGUGUAGUCCCAGACGGGAAUUCCAUGUCCGACCUGUCGUAUUCUUUCGGACGAACCAUGACCGACUCAAGCGGACCGAUGUCGGCAACCACGACGAGUAGCCAAGCAGGCGGGAUGGAUCGAGAGGCUAGAGUUUUAAGGUACAGAGAGAAGAGAAAGAACAGGAAAUUCGAGAAAACAAUCCGAUACGCCUCACGAAAGGCGUAUGCCGAGUCGAGGCCGAGAAUCAAAGGCCGUUUCGCCAAAAGGACUCAAACGGACAACGACGUCGACAUCAUCUUUAACCCGGCUUCUACGGCUGCCGGUUUCAUCUCCGACACCCAAUAUGGUCUCGUCCCAUCAUUCUGAAAAUUGAAGAAGAAGAUAAAAAGGGGCUACUUAUUUAGCUAUGGCCCUGUGAUAUUCAACAGUUAUUUUUAUCCAGCAACUAGAAUAACUCUAUAGGUCCAUUGAAGUUAAGCAGAAACAAAAUAUCCAGUGUUUUUAAUUCCGUUUUUAUGUAAAAAGAAGUAAUGUAUCCAUGGAGGUUUUUCUUCUU